UCUACCGCGGUUGUGGUAGAGAGGGAACAGGCGUUGUUGAAAGGGAGAAGAAGCUGAAACGGCAGUUGGUACGCAAGCUAUUGCUUUUUAACGUUGCUUGCAUCAAUUGCUAUUUCCUAAUGGCAACGGAGGAUAAAAGGAAAUCUGUGCCGCAGGCUGAAUCAGAAGUCGGUUCGUUACCGACACCUCAUGGCUACAAUAACAAUAAUAACAACAACAACAAUAAUAACAAAGAUAGCGAGGGAAGCGAGAAUACGACCACGGCCACUUCGAGCGCUACCGCAUCGAGCGGGACAGGAACUCAUAGCAUCGGGAACGGCUCUGGAGUCAACCCUACAGUGGGAAAUAACGGGAAAUGGGUCCGGUUGAACGUCGGCGGCACAGUAUUCCUCACAACGCGACAUACCCUACUCAAAGAACAAACGUCCUUUCUCUAUCGGCUCUGUCAACACCAGGACUUACAUUCGGACACGGACGAGACAGGGGCCUAUGUGAUAGACAGAGACCCCACCUACUUCGGCCCCAUCCUUAACUACCUGCGACACGGCAAACUGGUCUACAACAAGGAGCUGGCUGAAGAAGGUGUGUUAGAGGAGGCUGAGUUCUACAACAUCACUCCUCUGAUAAAACUGAUCAAGGAGAGGAUCCUGGAGCGAGACUGUAAAGUCACACAGCAGGUGCCUCCUAAACAUGUGUACCGGGUGCUGCAGUGCCAGGAGGAGGAGCUGACCCAGAUGGUUUCCACCAUGUCAGACGGCUGGAAGUUUGAGCAGGUCAGCGUGCGCACCUGCAGAAAGCCCCGCACCGGACUGCUCUGGACUAUGGUAAACAUUGGUUCGUCGUAUAGCUAUGGGACAGAGGACCAGGCAGAGUUUCUGUGUGUGGUGUCCAAGGAGCUACACACACCUGGCUCAGGCCUGGGCACCGAACAGAGCCACAAGACCAAGCUUUUUCAGAUCCAUGGAUCCCGGAUGUACUAGAGAGAAUUGUACUGUUUUAGCUUGACAUUUCAUUUUGUGUUUGUUGACAUAUGUUUUAUCAUUGUUGUUGCUUCUGGAGAAAAAAACCCAGAAGUGCUCAAACAUUAUUUUCAAAGAUUAUCGAAGUGUCCCUCUCACCAGCAGCGAAACACCAACAUUUCAAAGUGUGUAGAGAUAUGUAAAAAUAAAAAUAAAAUAAACGUUAUUAUCAUUUUUUUAUGUAUUUUAGUUCCAAUCACUUAAGCCAUGGAAGUUAGUGAAUCUUAGUAAAAUAGAUUUGACCAAAGACAAUGAUUAAAAGCACUGCAAAUCAAUGUGCUCAUCCAAAUGUGAAAAAUGGAAUGAAAUAUGUGGAAUCUGACUCAUAAGUAAAUUGUUGUUGUUUGCAGUAGUUCUGACUUGUCUGAUGCUUGAUAUACAGUAGUGAGACCUGGGCCUGAGCCAGUGAUGUGGCAAUGUCCUGUCUCUGAUACUGCUCUGCUGCAGUAGAGAUUGACAGUGAGACUCACACAGAAAGACAGACAGAUGUUAACUAACUGGCCACAGUCAGCACCACAAAAAAACUCUUCCCCCUUACACUCACUCCCUUACGCUCUCUCACAGACACGCGCACACACACAGUCUUGUAUAAUUAACUUUCUUCGGACACACAAUUCAGUCCCAUUCAAAAUCCUAUUUUUCCUAACCUUAAGUAUAGUUAAACACGUCCACACACAUACACACACACAUCUUUCACUCACUCACUCACUCACUCACUCACUCACUCACUCACUCACUCACUCACUCACUCACUCAUCUCACUCACUCACUCACUCACUCACUCACUCACUCACUCAUACCCAUAGCAGUGCUUCCUGUAGGGACAUGUGUGUUCCCUGAGGCAUGUGCAUGCUCAUAUAGUUAAACACGUCCACACACAUACACACACACAUCUUUCACUCACUCACUCACUCACUCACUCACUCACUCACUCACUCAUCUCACUCACUCACUCACUCACUCACUCACUCACUCACUCACUCACUCACUCACUCACUCACUCACUCAUACCCAUAGCAGUGCUUCCUGUCGGGACAUGUGUGUUCCCUGAGGCAUGUGCAUGCUCAGCAGAGCAGAGCUCUCAGCCUGUCGCCCUGGACUGGCUCCAGUGUCACUCUAGGCACUGGCAGGAUAAAGAAGAGAAAGGUGCUGAAAGAGGUCUGCGUCUGAAGUGGCACCUUAUUCCCUACAUAGUGCACUACUCUGGUCAAGAGUACUGCACUAUAUAUGGAAUAGGGUGCCAUUUUGGAUGCAUCCCUGUUCUCUGCUCAUGUUGUAAUGACAGGCCCUUGCACCUCGAGGCCAGGAUGUUGUCAUUACACUUUUAGCUAGGACUAUGGCACAAAUAUUGUUAAAGAAUUUAAUUUUUUUGUAUGUAUUUCACUGUAAAUGAGUAGAAAGGAGAUAAGAUAAGACCUUGUCAAAUGCAUCAUGCACUUAGAACAGAAAAUUGUUGCAACUGAAUUAGAAGGUUUUGGCACUGGCCAUUAUCACCUCCGAGCCCCUGGAGCCCAAUAUUGUCACUGUCAGUAGAGACAGCCUGUCUCUGCAACCUUCAAAUACUGCAAAUAUACUCAUUCUAGUCUCUGCAUGUCAACAUACCCACAGAUCACCAUUUGAGUUGAUUUCAGUUAAAAGCUUUCAUGGAGGCAAUAUUGCGUUUUUGUGCAUGUGCAUUGUGAAUAUAAUGUUUGGCUUUGGUCAUCAAAAAAAGAGCAUAGCAUAUGGAUUGAGAUCACUUAAUUGGUAAAUUGCACAUAAGGUCCAACCAAAAUUUGACAUCUGCUUUUGACCCAACUCAUCCAAAGCAUACAUAUACAGGUUUUUUUAGAGCAGUGUGUUGGCACUUCCAAACUGUGUGCUGUUGUUGUGGGGGGUUAAGUGCCUUGCUCAAAGGCAGGCAGUGGCAUCUAGGAUUUGAUACCAGCAACCCUCAUGUUGCCAGCUCACUUCGCACAAGAUUUUUACCGUCAGACACACUUCAAGUUGCUGGCUCGCCUCCCGAAUUGCUAGGCUACCUCUCUAACCGCGAGGCUUGGGUGCCUUGAUUUCAAGCAAAAACAACACAAUAUAGGCAUGUACAAAGUCUCUGGGAAAAUUAGUUUGAGUCGGUCAACGGACUGCAAAAUGACUAUACUACAUUUCUUUUGUACAUGUGUUUCGGUUAUUUAUUUUCAUGAUAAUGUUAAUCAUGUUAAUUGCAUGUUUUUUUCAGAAUCAUGAUUACUGCUGUAAAAUAUUGUUUACAACCAAGCUUAUCUUGUAUUUCUCCUGUUUUUAAGUGUCAUUGUUUAAAAAAAUGUAUUCUAUGUCUAGCCAUGUGGCUGGCAUUGACCUCAUGUUUUGGUGGUUUUGCAUCAGAAGAUGUCCCCCUUCAUGAGACUACUCUAGUUUGUAGCCUUAGCUCAAACUGUUUGUGCUUUUCCAAGACAUCAGAACUUGAGCUGAAAACCUGGUAUUCCUCAGCAUGUUUAAAAAAAAAAAAAAGUUCUACUCAUCCAUGAGCAUGACAGAUUUGAUCUAUUUAUAUAUAUAUACGUGUAUGUAUACAGUACCAGUCAAAAGUUUGGACACCUACUCAUUCAAGGUUUUUUCUUUAUUUUUUACUAUUUUCAACAUUGUGGAAUAAUAGUGAA